AUGGCGGCCCUCCUGGAUCCCACCUAUGCAGAGCUUGUAGCGUCAAUGCCGUCCAGUACGUUCACGGAAGCGUUCCAUCUCCUCUCCCCUUCCUAUUUUAUCCUACACUACAGAGACAACUACCGACCGUUGCAUCCCUAUACCGUGGACGUGAAGCACUAUCGACAGCUCCAGUCGAUCUUCGAUGGAUUCGCAAAGAACAUCACGGUGAUCAUUGGGAUCAGGCGGUCGGGGGCCCACAUGCUGGGUCGCGCUGAGUACAUGCACCUGCUAGACUGUGCUAGAUCGCUGGGGGAUGCGCCUAUGGCGGACCAUAUCUGGAAUUCCAUGAAGGAGGACGAGGUUGUCCCCGACGUGCAGUGCUAUAAUUACUACAUGGAGGCGAAGGUCUGGCAUUCCAGCUACGCGGGGAUGGAGAAGUAUCGUCUGCGCAUGACACCUUAUGCCUAUCGGAAACGGCGAUCGGAGUCUCCGCUUCCUGGAUGGGAGGGCUACAGAACCGGUCGCUUGACCGUGCGGUCGGAGGUGCUGGGGAUCUUCAACGAGAUGAUCGAGGCAGGGAACUCUGGGGAUGAGGCCAGCUUCGUGAAUCUGAUCCUGGCAUCCGGUCGCGCGGGCCAUGUGCAGGCAAUGAAACAAGUGUUGAAGACGGUUUGGAACGUCGACGUCGACCUGCUGAAGGACGCUCCAGACGAGUCCGAGAGACCACCGGCCACCAGGUUCGACCAGGGUUCACCACUCUGGCCGACCGAAAACCUCCUGUUUGCCAUCGCACAUGCCUUCGGAACGAAUAACGAUAUCCCCGGCGCGUUGCGGGCCCUAGACUUUGUCGCCAGCUCCUAUAAUAUCAAAAUUACGACGAGGGUCUGGCUGGAGCUCUUCGAGAGAACGUUCGUCCUGUCCCGAAGCAGAUUCGGUCCGGAUUGGAAGCGGAACGCGCUGGGCAAGGUCUCGCAUGAAUUCUUAAACCAAGUGUACCAAACGAUGAUCCAGGCGCCGUUCUACGUCAAGCCUCAGGUGCAGACCUUCCGGAUGCUAGCCAAGAGCGCGUGGACCCGGCAACGCUAUCGUGAGUUCCACCGGCACAUGUGCGACGCAUACGCGAUCAUGAAAGAGACACGGCGGCAGCGAAAGGUCUCCCGGAGCGCAGUCGAAGCCUACCUCAAGGAACACCAGCACGCGGAGGGCCAGCAGCGGCUGCCUUCCCUUCUGCAAACGCGCGCUUUCGCGGAUGCCGUGCACACCUACGACACCCUUCGCAUCCAAGUGUUCCAACAAACCACCACCUUGGAGCGGCUUGCAAGACUCCUCCUGAUCCAAACCCGAUGGACCGGCCGCGACAAUCUCGCCUGGGAACGGCAGCUUCUCCCACGAGCGCUCGAAGAAUGGAAAGACUUUCUCCCCGAGACCUUCGUCUUCCCCAUCUCCACGGGGCUCGUCGCCUUCCAAGGCGCAACCCGCUGGGGCGGACACCAAGUGAAAGCCAAACCCCUCCUCCAAGUCCGGCGACCUUACCUCGGAAGCGAAGACGACGUCAACCUCGACAGGGACGCCGGAGAAAUCGAAGACGAGCUCAUUUGGGCCCGGUGGCGCGAUCGUACCCCUCGGCACGAGCGGCUGCACCUCCCGGCCCUCAACCGCCUCUUUGAAUCCAUCCGCAUCGAGCCUCCUCCUCCUCCUCCUCCUCCCUCCUCUUAUGACGACGACGAAGCCCUGUUCGCUCUGGACCUGGAGGACGUCCGUGAAUCCGAGUACAUCCGCAAAGCCCACGAAGCCCCGGCACCCGUGUCCCCGAAGCAUGAAUGGGACCCGACGUAUGCACGACAGGCCAAGCACGAGGAAUUCCUGCAUACGUUUGGUGUCCCGCAGGUUAUUCUGACUUGA